CCAAGUUGAUAUAUGAAGCAAGAAAACGUCGAUGAACUCGUAUGGAUGCAUUACUGGGCAAUAACUCCUUUGGCAGGCGCGCAUGCUACUAGUUUACUCUGGCCAUUGUUGGUUGACAAUGCGCAAAACAGUGACUAAGCUAAGCUUACUGCCAAAGGAGACUUGCCCCGCAAUUCAGCCCUACACUAUUAUAUUACAUUCAUUCAUCAUCAAGUAUAUAUGCCUAAUGGAUUCAUCAUUCUCUCUUCUUUUCUUGAUGUUUGAGGUGAGAUUUCCAAUGGGCUGGGGAUGGGGAGUUACGGCCUUACGGGCAGUUUUGGGCUUGUAGUAACUGGGCUCUUUCUUCUGCCAGACUGCGAUAUUUAGCCGUUCAGUCUUUCUUAUCCAGACGGACCAAUCGAUCGCUAUAGCCGGUCCAACGGGCAAAGACACACACCCAAUCAUUAAUUAUUUAGGACGUUGUUCGUCAUUUUUAAAACUUCGUUAUUUAGGACGUUGUUAGUGUAGUUGGACGUUGUUCGUCAUUUUUAAGAGAAUGACUUAUCAUUCGUUCUUAAUUAUUUCUCCAGACAUCUUUGAAUUAUAGGGUAAAUUGCAAGUUUGGUCACUGGCCGUUAGUCUCCGUUAACUUUUGCUGAUGUGGCAAUCAACUUUUAUAGUUCACCGUUAAAUGAGUGACGUGGCAAUUAAAAAAAUAAUAAAUUAUUAAAUUUAAUAUUUUUAUUUUUCAUCUAAUUAUUAUAAAAAUUAAAAACCCCCUUUGGAAUCGGAUAGUGGUGAUAUGGUUCUAAUUCCUUUAAUUAUUGUUUUCCACCGUCGUUCCUCUCCACCCCCGCAUGACUCAAACCAGAAUGGUACACUCUCAAUAUUGAACCAUGUUGAUUCAAAGUUUCGCCAUCAGCAAAGCUAAAACUCUAGCUAAAUGGAGGAAGAUUAGUUAGAUCAACAAUUAUCAGUAGGGAUGGCAAUUACCCACCCAUGGGUAUUCUUGCCCAAAUCCAAUUAUACCCAUAUAUUAUGGGUAGGGUAUGGAUUUAUUCUAUAUAGGUUUGGAUAGUACUUGGGUAGGUGGAUUUGGAUUUGGAUUUUGUUUUCCAUGUGAAAAUGGAUAUGGGUUGGAUAUGGGUAUCCAUCACUUUGGACCUGUUUGUAAAUGUUUAUUGAUUUAGGUACUAAAUGUAAAACAAAAAAAAAUUGAAGUAUCAAAUUAUAAUUUUUGUAUAAAGUUCAGGUACUAAAUAGUAAUUUGAUAUGUAAAAUUAGCAGCGAAACCUUCCACCGGAAUUUCCUCCGUCGACCGGUCUCUCCGCCAGUUCGCCGGCAGCCGGAAACGUCACUGGUGACUCUGGGAGUCUGGGACCCGAUUCGCCGGUGAACCUGGAGCGUGCCUCAACUUCGUCGGAGCCGGAAAACGUCGCUGGUGAAGCUGGGAGUCUGGGACCCGAUUCGCCGGUGAACCUGGAGCGUUGAAAAUCAUCCACAAAACAGAGCAAUCGAUACCAUACUCUCUUGCUUUCUUCUUCUCUAAACUCUCAAUCCAAUAGAAACCAUGUCUUGUUGCGGAGGAAAGUGUGGGUGCGGCUCAAGCUGCAAGUGCGGCAGCGGCUGCAACAGCUGCAGCAUGUACCCCGAACUCAUAGUUGAAACAAGAAUAAGAGCAACAACUGGCUUAUGAAUAAAUGCCCAGAACUCACCAGAGCAGAUAGAAACAGAGAGGCUAGGUAUGGAGGACGUGGCGGGUGGCCGGUCAUCGAUGGUGGAGACAGAGAGCACAGCUGGCCAAAUGGAGGACGAUAGUGAUGGCAGAGGGGAUAGCGCAAGUGAAAGAGGUGAUGGGUUCCAAGGCUCCGCUCUCUUCUCGAUCCGAAGAGACAAACAGAGGCAGUGGGUUACAAGGCUCGAGCUGGAUCUUGGAGGAAGGGAUCAGAUCUCUGGUGAGUCGCGAUCUCUCACGAAUCAACUGCGUCUCGAAUCGGAGCUCAGAGGGGUUUCGAAUCAAGUUGCGUUUCAAAUCAAGUUGCGGUUCGAAUCAACUGCGUCUCGAAUCAGAGCUCGGAGUGGGUUUCGACAACGAUGGCGGAGCGGGUGCGAUCUAGUGGGUCGGAGCUCGGAGGGGAUAACAAUGGCGGCGAUGGCCGUGGCGCCGACGGCGGUGGCCGGUGGCCGGUGGGUAGUAGACUACAAAGACAGGUCGGAAAGAAAGAAGUCUCUCGACUGAGAUGGAAGUGAAAGAGAGAAAGUCUGAAAGAGAAUCUCGAUUUUUUUUUGUUUUUUGUUUUUUCAUUUUUAAUUAUUUGGAUUUGGAUAAAACAAUCCAAAUCCAUGGGUAAACCCAAAGUAGAUCCAAUAUAAUGGGUAUGGGUUUUGACCCAUCUGACUUCACCCAUUUGAAUUUAACUUGCACUCCAAACCCAACCCAACAAGGUUGGAUAAUUAAAUACCCAUGGCUAUGGGGAUUUUUGCCAUCCCUAAUUAUCAGAUGAUCAUGCAAGUCCCUGCUUCUCAUGAUUCCCGGAACAUCUAUAAAUUUCAUCGCAAAAC